AUGUGUGGAAUAAGUGCAUUUCUGUGUCACCCUGGCAAGGAUAGCUCAUUUGAGCAGCCCAACGCCCAAGGCCGCCAUGUGGUAGAUGAAUUGGAGCAUAGUCUGGAUAUUAUUGGCCAUCGUGGGCCAGAUGCUCGUGGGCGUUGGUUAAGUGACGAUCACAAAGUUGGCCUUGGUCAUGUUCGAUUGUCAAUCAUCGAUCUCAGCCCCAGUGGAAACCAACCAUUUCACGACCAAGACAACAGCAUCCACGCCGUUGUGAAUGGUGAACUGUAUGACCACGAGUUUUAUCGCGAUCAGUUAGCAAGCGAAUUCCAGUUUGCAGGCACCAGUGACUGUGAAAUCGUUAUUGCCUUGUACAAACACUAUGGCCUCUCUUUUCUUUCUCAUUUGAGGGGCGAGUUUGCCUUUGUGCUCUGGGAUGCGAACCGGCAGUUACUCAUAGCAGGUAGAGACCGAUAUGGAAUCAAAUCACUCUAUUAUACAGUGGUGAAAGGCAAGUUACUGGUGGCAACAGAGAUCAAGUCUUUCUUGGCAUUUGGAUUACAACCUGAAUGGUGUGUUCGAACAUUGCGAGACCAGAGCUGGAGAAUUGAAUCUCGCACUUUCUUUAAAGGCGUUCACAGAGUUCUCCCGGGACAUUAUCUGAUUAGUCGCCCCAACGAGAAAGAAGAACAAAAGGCGUACUGGGAUCUUGAGUAUCCCGAUAAAUUCUCUCAUGAUGGGCGAUCGGAAGAGGAAAUUGUGCAAGGAGUACGAAAGCGCCUUCUGGAGGCUGUGAGAAUUCGACUGAAGGCGGAUGUUCCCGUAGCUAUCUACCUCAGUGGCGGAAUAGACUCAUCAUCCGUUGCUGGAAUGGUGGCUGAUCUCAUGAAACAGGGGACAAAGUUAGGUAACGAGGCUAACUCAGUCCCGUCGAACAUGAAGUGCUUUACCGUUCAGUUUGAUGAGGAUAGCGGCGCAGAUGAGUCAGCAAUUGCUCGUCGCACAGCGAAAUGGCUGGGUGUCGAUAUUCAUCUCGUCAAAAUGGACGAAGAGGCACUCGUGUCACGCUUCGAGGACGCCGUUUGGCACAGUGAAAUCCCUCUCCCCGACCUCAAUGGAAUGGGUCGGCUGGCACUGGCAGAAGCGGUACAUGCCCAGGGUAUCAAGGUCGUGAUCACUGGGGAGGGUUCUGAUGAGCAUUUUGCGGGCUACGAUGCGUUCCGGGCCGAUUCGCUUAGCGAGCCCGAUCAUUCAUGGCCAGCACUACAACUGACCGAAACCGACCGUCAGGAAGCACUGGCUAUGGCUGCAAAACAAGUCAAAUACGGUAUUUUUGGCGAGUACAGUGAGACUGUUCCAGAUGCGACAAAGCGCAUGCUGAACAACAGCCAUGUCACUAGCACCAUCGCGAGAGUCGGCAGCCUGCCAUUCUCCAAUUGGACGGCCUCUUACGGUAAUGAUCUACCGGAAACUAGUCUCAUUGAAGGGUUUGAUGGGCGUGUCCGCGACAAUAUAACAAAGCGCUGGCACGCCCUUCACACUGCUCAAUACCUAUUCACGAAGUCAUUUAUGCCCCAUUUCAUCCUGCGCUAUAACGGGGAUAACAUUGACAUGGUCAAUCAAGUUGAAAGCCGUUGCCCCUUCCUUGAUCAUCAUCUGACCGAAUAUGUUAACAAUGUGCCACCGAGCCUGAAGCUGAAGUACCUUCCGGAAGAAAAGUCCUUCAGUGAAAAGUACAUUCUUCGGGAAGCUGUGAGGCCUUACGUUACCGAUGAGAUCUACAAAAUCAGCAAGAAAGCCUACAUGGGCCCGAGAAAAUUCUGGCCGGGGGGACCCCUGCACCAAAAGAUUAAGCAACUGGUCACUAAGGAGAACGUGGAAAGCCUGGGCUUUAUAGACUGGAAUGCUACGGAAGAAGCUGUUGAAAAAGCCUUCAACAAACAGGAGCCCAUGGCUCUCCGCCGCACAAUCACCGUUGCCCAGUUUAUUGUUCUAGGGCAGCGCUUCAAAGUCAAGCCAGCCCGUGCCCUGCCGAAUUGA